CAUCUUAGUGAAGACCUUGAGGAUUCCUCGUGUUCAUCAGCACAAAGAAAAAUUAAUAGACAAUUUUACAAAUUUAUUAUAUUUCCUGGCAAAUGGAUAAAAAUCUGGUAUGAUCGACUUACCUUGUUGGCACUGUUAGAUAGAACAGAAGAUAUCAAGGAGAAUGUUUUGGCAAUUCUUCUAGUAAUCCUUGUUUCUUUUCUUGGCUUUUUAAUUAUGAACCAAGGUUUUUGUAAAGAUAUUUGGGUCCUCCUUUUCUGUCUUAUCAUGGCAAGUUGUCAAUAUUCCCUUCUAAAGAGCAUUCAGCCCGAUCCUGCUUCACCAGUACAUGGACACAACCAGAUCAUAACUUAUAGCAGGCCUGUAUAUUUUUGUGUACUGUGUGGCCUUAUUUUGCUGCUAGAUGCUGGGUCUAAAAAUAAAAGUACAUCCAUUUAUACAGUAUACGGCCUGAAGAUUUUCUCACCUGGAUCACUUCGGGCAGCCAGAGACCAUGCAAUAGGAUUUUUAUAUUGCUUUCCUGCUAUUUCUCUCCUUGGUCUUUUCCCACAAAUCAAUACUUUCUGUAUAUACGUCCUGGAACAAGUAGAUAUGCUGCUAUUUGGUGGUACUGCUGUUGCUGGAAUGAUAUCUUCACUCUACAGCAUUUCUCGAAGCUUUAUAGUUGUGAUUGUUCUGUAUGGAUUCUGCUUCAAUGCAGUAAAGGAUCCAUGGGAUGCUCAACAUAUUCCUGCAUUGUUUUCUGCUUUCUGUGGUCUUUUAGUUGGACUUUCUUAUCAUCUUAGUAGGCAAAGCAGUGACCCAUCUGUUUUAGUGUCUCUUAUUCGGGGUAAAUAUUUUCCUCACUUUCUACAUCAACAUUUGGAAGAUUCACAAAAUGAUCCACUUCCUGAGAAGAUGAGAGAAUCAGUGAAAGAAACCCUGAAAUCAGAUCUCAUUGUGUGCUCUGUGGCUGCCGUGCUUUCAUUCGCAGUUAGUGCCAGUACUGUUUUCUUGUCAUUGCAGCCAUUUCUCAGCAUUGUGCUUUUCGCUUUAGCAUGGACUGUGGGAUUCGUAACACACUACAUACUUCCUCAGCUCCGCAAACACCAUCCAUGGUUGUGGAUUUCCCACCCUAUUCUUAAAAAUAAAGAAUAUCGGCAGAGAGAAGUAAGAGGUGCUGCCCAUUUAAUGUGGUUUGAAAGACUCUAUGUGUGGCUUCAGUGUUUUGAAAAGUAUGUCUUAUAUCCCGCAAUUAUACUGAAUGCCCUCACCAAUGAUGCUUUUUCAAUCAGCAAAUACAAGAGGCUAACCCCACACUGUGAUAUCUUACUGAUUACAAUUGCGGGAAUGAAGCUACUGCGGUCUUCAUUUUGUAAUCCCAUUCACCAGUUUAUUACAUUGAGCUUUACUGUGAUCUUCUUCCAGUUUGACUAUCGAGAUAUCUCUGAGAACUUCUUGUUGGAUUUCUACAUGAUGUCCAUUGUGUUUAAUAAGCUGUGUGACCUACUGCAAAAAUUGCAGUUCAUUAUGACCUAUAUUGCUCCUUGGCAAAUUGCUUGGGGUUCUUCUUUCCACGUGUUCGCCCAGCUCUUUGCAAUACCUCAUUCUGCUAUGCUCUUCUUCCAAACUCUGGCCACUGCUGUCUUUUCUACUCCACUGAGUCCGUUUCUAGGGAGCGUCAUUUUCCUCACCUCAUAUGCCAGACCAGUGAAGUUCUGGGAAAGGAAUUACAACACGAAACGGGCGGACCAUUCAAAUACAAGAUUGGUUCUUCAAAUUGAAAAGGAUGCAGGUAAUGAUGAUAACAACCUCAACUCCAUCUUUUAUGAGCACCUGACAAGAUCUCUGCAGGAGUCGCUUUGUGGAGAUUUGAUUCUUGGACGCUGGGGAAACUAUAGUUCUGGAGACUGCUUUAUUUUGGCAUCAGAUUAUUUGAAUGCCUUUGUGCACUUGAUUGAAAUUGGAAAUGGUCUGGUCACAUUCCAGCUCAGGGGGCUAGAAUUUCGAGGGACCUACUGCCAGCAAAGAGAGGUGGAAGCGAUCACAGAAGGAGACGAGGAUAACGAAGGCUGUUGCUGCUGUAAACCAGGGCACUUGCCUCACUUGCUAUCAUGCAACGCGGCGUUCAAUCUGAGAUGGCUGACCUGGGAAAUAACACGGACCCAUUAUGUCCUGGAAGGCUAUCGCAUUAUCGAUAACAAUGCCGCAACAAUGCUUCAAGUGUUUGACCUGCGGAGAAUACUCAUCAGAUAUUACAUAAAGAGCAUUAUAUACUUUACUGCAAGUUCACCCAAAAUCCUAUACUGGAUAAGAGAUGAAUUAUUCCAAAAGACACUGCAGCCUUUCUCCAAAUGGCAUUAUAUAGAACGUGACCUUGCAAUGUUUAAUAUUAACAUUGAUGAUGACUAUGUGCCCUGUCUUCAAGGAAUAACCAGAGCAAGCUUCUGCAGUGUUUACCUGGACUGGAUUCAGUUCUGUGCUGGGAAAAGAAUGGAACCUAUAGACUGUGAUGAAGACUCUCCUUUAGUAACUCUUUCCUUUGCCCUGUGCAUUCUGGGUAGAAGAGCUCUUGGAACAGCAUCACACAAUAUGGCUAUCAGUUUAGAUUCCUUCCUAUACGGACUCCAUGCCUUGUUCAAAGGAGAUUUUCGACUAACGUCAAGAGAUGAAUGGGUGUUUGCAGAUAUGGACUUAUUGCACAAAGUCGUUGCUCCUGCAAUCAGAAUGUCCCUGAAACUUCAUCAGGACCAGUUCACCUGUCCAGAUGAAUAUGAGGACCCUGCAAUCCUUUAUGAGGCAAUUCAGUCUUUUGAAGAAAAAGUUGUGAUUUGCCAUGAAGGAGAUCCUGCCUGGCGUAGUGCCAUCCUCUCAAACAAGGAGGAGCUACUCACUUUGAGGCAUGUGGUGGAUGAAGGGACAGACGAAUACAAAGUCAUUAUGCUCCACAAGAGCUACUUGAGCUUCAAAGUUAUCAAGGUUAAUAAGGAAUGCGUCCGAGGUCUCUGGGCUGGACAGCAACAGGAACUAAUCUUUUUGCGCAAUCGUAACCCAGAGCGAGGCAGCAUCCAGAAUAACAAACAGGUUUUGAGAAACCUGAUUAACUCUUCAUGUGAUCAGCCUUUGGGAUACCCUAUGUAUGUUUCUCCUUUAACCACAUCAUACAUAGGGACACACAGGCAACUGAAGAAAGUUUGGGGUGGACCAGUUAGCCUGAACAACAUCAAAACGUGGUUCAGAACUAAGUGGCUUAGAAUGCGGAAAGACUGUAAUGCAGGCCACAACAGUGGAGGAAACCUUGAUGAAGUUGACAGUAGAUGUGGAUCAUCUUCUAGCAACAAUCCAGCUAAUAAUUCAAGCCAGAAUAGCAGCUCCCAGCAUACACGGAACAGUACUCCCCAACUGCAGCCUUCUUUACGCAUUGCUCAGUUUCCAGGUCGAAGAAAAUUCCGGAGUCAGUCUGUUCAGACACAUGCUGCUUUAAGUCAAAGGCCCCCUCGUUCAAGCCAUUCUGGUCCAAUCAUAGAAAGUCACCAGCCUUUCAUCCAAACUUCCACCUCGGCCCAAGAAAUGGCUCAAGGCCUUUCUGGCAGCCAGCUCUCUUUCCACAAUUCAGCAAACUCGGUGUUUUCACAAACUCCUGCCAUCCCUGCCAUGGGCCAGCUCACUGUCCAAGAGAGAGCUGGUGCAAUGAUCCGGUCUAGUUUGGCCUCUUCCACCAGCUCUACACUCAGCCUCUUGUUCGGCAAGAGAAGCUUUUCUAGUGCUUUGGUAAUUUCUGGGCUUUCAGCUGCUGAUGGAGGAAAUACCACAGACACCCAGUCGUCCAGCAGUGUUAAUAUCGCAAUGGGUCCAUCUGCCAGAGCAGCGAGCCGUGCUAUGCAGGAGAGUACACGGCAGUUGUCCGAGACUCAUGAAGCAACGGAUGCUACUGAAUCCAGACAGCGAAGGGAGCUGGAAGCUACACAUGCUCUUCUGAUGAGCCACACACUGGAAUGCAGAAGAGCCAGCCAAGAGGACAUGGCAUUGGAAGACACAGGUUCUCAGCAUAGUCUAUCAGAAGAGCAAUAA